CUUCGUAGCCUUGGGAAUUAUUUAACCUAGCGUUAUCUCACCAAUCGCUCGCGUCGCAUUUCUUCUAAGAUCAGUCUCUUAGAUUCACCAUCGUCAUAACCUCUCAGCUCUUUUCUUAGUAAGGAUCUUAGUAGGAACUGCCUACCCAUUACAAAGUCAAUAUGGGAUCCAUUGUCCUGCCUCAUCUGAACACAGGCUGGCACGUCGACCAAGCUAUCCUAUCGGAAACGGAGCGUGUUGUUGCGAUCCGUUUUGGCCGUGAUCACGAUGCCGACUGUAUGCGACAAGACGAAGUCCUCUACCGUAUCGCAGAUAAAGUCAAAAACUUCUGCGUGAUCUACGUUUGCGAUAUCGACCAAGUUCCCGACUUCAACCAGAUGUACGAAUUGUACGACCCAUGCACCAUCAUGUUUUUCUACCGGAACAAGCACAUGCUAUGCGAUUUAGGCACAGGAAAUAACAACAAACUCAACUUUGUCCUAGAAGACAAGCAAGAAUUAAUCGACAUAAUCGAGACUGUUUACAAAGGUGCCAAGAAAGGCCGUGGUCUGGUCGUGAGCCCCAAGGAUUACUCUACCCGCUACCGAUACUAGUUUCCCCACGUACAAGUACAAUAUAUCGGCAUUGCGAUAUUAGUGGGCUCAGAAAUAUUGGCCAGUCGGUCUUUGACGAUAUCUAGGAGUUACUGGGAAUUGCUUAUGGUAUGUGAUAGAGAGACAGAAAGCCGUUUAUAGUGAUAGCAAAAAAGAAGCUAAUAAACUGAUCCUGUGUGUUUAAAGCUACCGACUUGAACCAUUUCCC